AUGGCAACCGCCGUCGAACAACCCCAAAUUCCCCAGGAGCUGAGAACCAUGACUCCCGAGACUAUACCCAAGAGUGCUAUCCCCGCCGUCAUUGCUUCUCCCAUUCCUGCUCCUGCAGCCACUGAGACUAUCUCAUCGAAAGCCGAAGAACCCCAAGCUCCAGCUAAGGAGACAAAACCCCCCGUGGUGGCUGAAGCCCACCUCGUUGAUACCUACCAUCCUCCCCAACGCAUGUUUGCUAAACAUCCCCACCGGCCCCACCUUGCCAACCUCGAAGAGUAUAAACGACUUUACAAGGAGUCCAUCACGCAACCCGAGAAGUUUUGGGCUGAGAGAGCACGCGAGCUUAUCUCUUGGGAUCGCGACUUUCAAACCACCCGAAGCGGUUCCCUUCUGAAUGCCGAUGUCUCAUACUUCAACGAAGGUCGCCUGAACGCCUCGUACAACUGUGUCGACCGCCAUGCUUUCAAAGAUCCCGAUCGUGUUGCCAUCAUUUAUGAGGCCGACGAACCUAGCGAGGGUCGAAAUGUCACAUAUGGCGAGCUCCUUCGGGAGGUCUCUCGGACAGCCUGGGUGCUCAAGCAGAUGGGUGUCCGCAAGGGUGAUACCGUUGCCAUUUACCUCCCCAUGAUUCCCGAGGCCAUUAUCGCUCUUAUGGCAUGUGCCCGUAUCGGAGCUGUGCACUCGGUUAUUUUUGCAGGCUUUUCCUCCGACUCUCUUCGCGAUCGUGUUGUCGAUGCUGGUAGCAAGGUUGUUAUCACAACGGACGAAGGCAAGCGAGGCGGUAAGUUGAUUGGCACCAAAAAGAUUGUCGACGAUGCCCUCAAGCAGUGCCCUGGAGUUGAGAACGUUCUUGUCUACAAGCGCACCGGCUCUGAAAUUCCAUGGACUAACGGCCGUGACUUUUGGUGGCAUGAGGAGGUCGAGAAAUGGCCCAACUACUUCCCUCCUGAGCCUGUCGCUUCCGAAGACCCUCUAUUCCUCCUAUAUACCUCUGGUUCCACCGGAAAGCCCAAGGGUGUCCUUCAUACAACCGCAGGAUACCUCCUUGGUGCUGCCAUGACGGGCAAGUACGUGUUUGAUAUCCACGAUGGUGACAGAUACUUCUGCGGUGGUGAUGUCGGCUGGAUUACCGGACACACAUAUGUUGUUUAUGCCCCACUUAUGCUGGGCGUCGCGACAGUUGUCUUCGAGGGCACACCCGCCUACCCCAAUUUCUCGCGGUACUGGGACAUUAUCGAGAGACACAACGUCACACAGUUUUAUGUUGCUCCCACGGCGCUGAGACUACUGAAGCGCGCCGGUGACGAGCAUGUUCGAGGCAAGUUUGCUCAUCUUCGAGUGCUUGGCUCUGUCGGUGAGCCCAUCGCCGCCGAGAUCUGGAAGUGGUACUUCGAAGUUAUUGGCAAGGAGGAGUGCCACAUCGUUGACACCUACUGGCAGACCGAGUCUGGCUCUCAUGUUCUGACCCCCUUGGCCGGAAUCACUCCCACUAAGCCGGGCAGUUGCUCACUGCCCUUCUUUGGUGUCGAGCCUGCUCUCAUCGACCCUGUUAGCGGCGAAGAGAUUCACGGCAACGACGUCGAGGGUGUUCUGACUUUCAAGCAGUCCUGGCCUAGCAUGGCUCGCACUGUCUGGGGAGCCCAUAAUCGAUACAGAGAGACUUACCUUGAUGUCUACAAGGGCUACUACUUCACCGGAGACGGUGCUGCCCGGGACCACGAGGGCUUCUACUGGAUCCGGGGUCGCGUUGACGAUGUCGUCAAUGUCAGUGGUCAUCGUCUGUCAACCGCUGAGAUCGAGGCUGCUCUACUGGAGCACCCCUCGGUUGCUGAUGCAGCUGUCGUUGGUAUUUCUGACGAGCUUACUGGCCAGGCAGUCAACGCCUUUGUUGAUCUUAAGGAAGGCGUUGAGUCAUCAGAUGAGCUGCGCAAAGAGCUUGUUGUUCAAGUGCGCAAGAGUAUUGGGCCUUUCGCUGCUCCCAAGGCAGUAUACGUCGUCCCAGAUAUGCCCAAGACACGAAGCGGCAAAAUUAUGCGACGAGUGUUGAGAAAGAUCGUUGCCGGUGAAGAGGACCAGCUUGGAGAUAUCACUACUUUAUCCGACCCUUCUGUUGUAGAGAAGAUCAUCAAGGCUGUUCAUGAUGCCAAACGCAAGUAA